AUGUAAUAGAUUUAUGAAAAGAAAGUAUUGUUAAUUUUGAAAAUUAGAUUAAUUACUUGAAUACAAAAAUAUAAUUAUUAACAGAGGAAUCAAAAUAAAAAGAUAUCGUAUUACAAAAUCUCAAAAAUGCCUCUUCAGAGAAUCAAUUUGAAUAAUAGGAUAAAAUUCAGGAUUUAAUGAAUUUAGGAUUGUAAAAAUAAAAAAUGGAAGAUCAACAGGAUAAAGAAAUUUAGAAGGUAAAACACAGUACUAGAUUGAUUUAUAAAAUAUUCAUCAACAAAUUAGAAAUCGGGACUCUAUUCUAGAAUAAAUGA